AUGUGGCCCCUGUUGGUGCUGCUGCUGCUGCUGGGCUUGGCGAGCUGCGGUUCAGCUCAGCUAAUAUUUAAUAUAACCGACUCGGUAGAAUACACCAAAGAUAAUAAAACUAUUCUCAUCCCAUGCAUAGUCAAUAAUUUGGGGGCAAAGGACCUUGCAGAAAUGUUUGUAAAGUGGAGAUUCAGAGGUAAACAAAUUUACUACUAUGAUGGAUAUAAAAAUGAAUCUAAGGCCACCAGUGACUUUUCGAGUGCAUACUUCGUAUCAGACACACUGCUAUCAGGCAAUGCCUCAUUGAUUAUGGACAAGAGCGAUGCUGUCCCAGGAAACUACACUUGUGAAGUAACAGAAUUAACUAGAGAAGGCGAAACCACCAUAGAACUAAAAUAUCGUAUUGCUUUAUGGUUUUCUGCAAAUGACUAUGUGCUUACUAUUAUUUUCCCAAUGUUGGCUGUCCUUCUGUUCUGGGGAAGUGAUAUUGUGACACUUAAAUAUAAUUCCAAUAUUACGAAGGAGAAAAUCAUCAUUAUAUCUGUGGCUGGACUAGUUCUUAGUAUAUUAGUCAUUGUUGGAGCCGUUUUCUUCAUCCCAGGUGAAUAUUCAACAAAGAGGGCCAGUGGACUUGGUUUAAUUGUAGCUUCUACAGUAAUACUAAUAUUACUUCAGAUCUCUAUGUUUAUGAUAGCUAAAAAGAAGCUCCCCAUCAGCAUCAUCUUAUUGAUUGUUCAGGUGCUGGGCCUUUUGAUCUCUGUGGUCGGACUGAGCUUCUGUGUCUCAGAGUGCAUCCCAGUGCAUGGUUCUCUUCUGAUUUCAGGCUUGGGUAUUACAACCUUAGGGGCAUUACUUGGAUUAGUUUAUAUGAUAUUUGUUGGAUUUAAUGGUAGCUCUACCUGGAAUGCCACAGGUGAGACUCCUGUGUGGCAGGAAGUGGGGAUUGCAUAUGCUGCUAAUUCUGAUGAGCCUCAACAGACAUGCCUGAAAGGCAAGCGGGAGUAG